UAAUCGCGGCCGGCAUCCUCCCGUCGUCAUCGUCGUCCUCCUCCCGUUCCCCCAAAUCACAAGCACGCCCGAAGAACACCAGCAGAACAAUCACUUGUGCUAGGCGACAGACGGCAAACCGCAGAGCGCAGAGAGCACGCCACCUGCCCACGCCACGCCACCCACCACCUCCUCGCCCCCCCAAUUUCGCCUGCUCGUCCCCAACGUCUCCAUGGCGGGCGCGGACGCCGAGCUCGCGGCGGCCACCGGCGACGUCGAGGAGGCCGCGCCCCUGGUCCCCGGCCCCGGCGCCCGCCGCGCGCCCGCCCCGCCGACGACGGGGGCGGUCCGCGACGUGCGCCUGCUGAGCUCCGCCUUCCUCUUCGUGUUCCUCGCCUACCACGCCGCGCAGAACCUCCAGAGCACCGUCAACACGGACGAGAACCUGGGCGACAUCUCGCUGGGCGUGCUCUACACGUCGUUCACGGCCUUCUCGGCGGUGGGCUCCGCGGUGGUGCGGUGGAUGGGGUCCAAGCGCGCGCUCGCGGUCGGCACCUCCGGCUACCUCCUCUUCAUCGCCGCCAACCUCGUUCCCUCCUGGUACACAAUGGUGCCAGCUUCACUCUAUCUUGGUUUUACUGCAUCAAUCAUUUGGGUUGGGCAGGGUACAUACCUUACAUCAGCUGCGCUCAGUCAUGCAAGAGAAAAUAAUUUCCCAGAGGGUCCAACUUUAGGGAGCUUCAAUGGGGAGUUUUGGGGAAUGUUUGCUAGCACACAGGUGAUUGGAAAUUUGAUCUCGCUUGCUCUGCUGAGAAAUGGAAAGGAUGGUGGAAGUGUCACAGGGAAAAAUCUUCUGUUUGCUGUGUUUCUUGGUUGUAUGAUUGUGGGCAUUGUAUUAAUGUGUUUACUUUCGAAAAGAGAUGAGAAAAGAGAUAAUACCCCAACACAUUCCUCAUUUGGAGUUAUGUUAAAGUACAUCAUUGCACCACUUAAGGACCAAAGAAUGCUUCUUACCAUUCCUCUUAUAGCAUAUUCAGGUUUACAACAGGCAUUUGUUUGGGCUGUAUUCACAAAGAGUAUUGUAACACCUGUUCUUGGCAUCAGCGGCGUCGGUGGAGCCAUGGCAAUUUAUGGUGCAGCUGAUGUAGUUUGUUCAUUGGUUGCUGGACGAUUGACCUCCGGACUUCGCUCAGCAGCAUUUAUAGUGUCGGUUGGAGCUAUUCUUCAGGCCAUAGUCCUAUUCUGGUUGCUUCUAUUUUACAGUCCAAUGGAUGGACUGCUUGGCGCAGCGAUCCCACUAUUCAUAGGUGCCUUGUGGGGUGUGGGUGAUGGUGUCUUGAAUACACAGUUAAGUGCAUUACUAGGGCUGCUGUUCGAAGAUGUCAAGGAGGCUGCCUUUGCACAGCUGAAGGUGUGGCAGUCAGGCGCCAUCGCAGUCAUCUUUUUCCUGAGCCCAAGCAUCACGCUGGAAGCCAUGCUUAUCCUGAUGGCCGCGUCCCUCGUCAUCUCCUUUGGCUCAUUCCUGCUCCUUACUCUUGUCGUUGAGAAAUCAUCACCCGUCAUCGCCUGAAGUGAAACCAUUUCCUGAUGUCCAGGCCGUCGCCAGUGUGACUUUGUCAGUAUUACCAGUGGUCUGAGCAGCGCUGUUGUUGUAUGAUUGUUUCCACUAUUCAUCAGAAAUGCAGCAUCCAUCGAGUACGCCAUUGGUUUCCACUAUACAUGCACCAUAUUAAUGCCAUUGGUUUCAGGCAGCCAUUGAGCCUGUCAGUACUGGUCCGAAGCUGUUGCAGUCCGUGAAAUGGGGAAAGAAACCGUCGAUUUGGGCAGCUUCGUGCUUGUCAGUACUGGUCCUUUCUCCUUUUGCAUGUCUGCAGCAAUGUUGCUGUAAAAAAAAAAGAUGGUGUAAGAAAUGUUCUUUCAUUUGGACCACAGGAUUCGUUGUAAACAUCACAUUUCACAUCCAGUGAGAGUUAAUGGUCUUCUGUUGUUUUCUA